AUGGCGGGGCCGAGCCGCAGCGGCACCGGGGAGCGCCGGCCCCGGAGCACCGGGGAGCGCCGGCCGCGCCUCUGCCCGCCGCGCGUCCCGCCGCCGGCUUUUAGGGGGGGAGCCGCCCCCUCGGGGCUGGGGCCGCCGCCGCCGCCCCCCACCCCCUCGGACCGAGCCUAUAAAGGGGCGCCCGGUGCCGGUGCCGCGCUGCCUGCAGCGGCGGGCAGGGCUGGGCAGGGCGGGGCGGGGCAGCGACGGGGCGGGCAGGACCGGGCUGGGCUGGGCUGGGCUGGGCGAGCCCGGCCGGGCCCCCCCUUUUCCUCCGCCGCCGCCGCCGCCUCUCCCGCCUCCCGUGGACAGUUCGUGAAAGUGCCGCUGCUCCCGUUCUUCGCUCUCCCCCCCCCCCCCCCUUACCCCCGGUCCCCUCCGCCCCACCGGCGGUCACAGCCCAGCGCUGCCCCCCCUGUGCCCUGCGGUCCCCCUGGGACCGGCCGUUAUCCCCGCACCAUCAUCGUCCCCUCCGCCGUCGUCCCGUGUCGUCGUGUGUCCCCACCGCCGGUGUGCCGGUACAACAUCGGGGGUCUGCUCCCCCCCCCCGUGCGCGCCUGCCGGGGUCACGGCUGUCUCCACCGUCCCGUCUGCCCAGCUCCGGCCAUGCCGCUCCCCGGGGACCUGCCGUCCCCUCCGCUUUUCAUCGCUCCCUCCGUCCCCCGCCCCGGAGCUGUCAUCACCGCUAUGGAGACACGGCGGGGCCACAUCCCCCAUAUUAAACGUGGCGUCCCGACCACCACAACGCUUAACGCAUCCCUCUGCACACCCAAAGACCCACCGGGCACCGUGUGUGUCACCCACCGGGCACCGUGUGUGUGA